AUGACGACGAGGAAAGAAGAAGAAGAAGAAGAAGGAUGUGCACCGCCCGCGACGCCGUCUCUUUUUAACUUGCGCGAGACGUUCUCUCGGCUGGAGCUUUCGCGCUCGGAAGAAGAGGAGGAGGAAGAGGAGGAGGAACAGGAGCUGCGCGCGUUGUUUUCCUCGGCGCACGACGAGGAGUCUUCUCGUCAUUCUUCGGACGACGUGUUGGUGUUUUUAGAGACAAAGACAAAGAGGAAAGACUUUGACGAGAGUAAAGGAGAGGAUGAUUUAGACGAUGAUAAUGACGACAAAAAAGACAAAGAGAAUGCUGACGAUUUAUUAGUAGACGAGGACGACGACGACGAAUCGAGUUUACCGUCGUGCGCGAUUUGUCUCACCGCGCCGGCGUUGGAAAACUCGUGUUUUACCGUCCCGUGUUUGCACUCGUUUUGCGCCAGGUGCAUCGUUCGGUGGGCGAACUUUCAAGAGGAGGAGGAAAACGAGCAGAGGAAAAAACGCGGGUUGUCGUCGACGCAUCAUCAGCACCAUCGUCACGGCAGCGGUGGUGGCUCGAGCUUUGCCGCGAAGUGUCCGUCCUGUCGAGUGCCGUUUGAGAAUUUGUUGUGCUAUCGAGAGUUGGACGGGUCCGUGCAUAAGCUUCGCGGAGAGUUGGAUUUACGGGAACAUCCGUUGUGUUUGUUGAAACGUUCGAAAUGGUUGGGUUUGGAAAAAGACGAGGACGAGAUGCACGGCACGAGACGGUCUUCGUAUGAAGAAGAUUCGUUCGAGGAAGAAGAUCGUCGAGAUUUUCAUCGCUAUCAUCAAAUGAAGUCAUCGAACAACAAGAGCCCCGCGUAUUACGACGACAUCGACGACGAGUACUUCGCGAAAAGAGGCGGCGCGAGAGUUGUUAUUGGGAACCGACGAUUUGGCGCGAACGGCUUCGUGGCAAGCGGACGAGCUUUGGCGCGACCGAUCCAGCAACCGUCGGUGAAGAAAGAAAAGAUGAGGGCGGCUGCGUUUUCGUCUUCGCCGAGCAAUCAACACUCGAUGACGAAAAUGAAGGCAUCGCCAACGACGAAAAUAACGAGCGCUUCGCCGCCAACGCCGGCGGCGACCGCGAAAGGAGCGUUGUUAGGCACCACGCCACCGCUUUCGUCGUCCACGCCGGCACCGAAAGGAAAGAAAUCCAUGAAAAAGCAACUCCAAAACGAGAAGAAGAGACUAAAAGAUCAAGAAAAAGCGGCGAGACGAUUAGCCACGCGAAAAGAGUACCAAAGGAAAGUACCGAUUGAAGAUUCGCAACCGCGCAUGGCCGAAGGGUUUAAGACCGAAGAAGAAGAGGAGGAGGAGGAAGAAGAGGAAAUAGGGGAAGGCAGCAGAAAAGAAGAAGAAGGAGCGAACGAAUCGCCAAGGAUGGUUUCGUCGGCAAUCGUCGCCGAGGUCAUUAUGUAA